AUCACAUUUUGGCCAUCUUCUACUCUCUCUCUUUCUCUCUUUUUUCUCUCUCCUCAAAGCUCACCUUUUCACCAUGACUGAUCCUUACUCAAAUUUCUACAAUCAAUGGUUCAAAUUCAACACUCCAUACCCUUUUUCUUCCUCAAUCUCCUCAAAUCAUCAGCCUCCUAAUUAUGUCCAAAACUUCUACUACUCAAACAAUUGCAUUCAGUACAAUGGUACUAGCACCUCUUUUCACUCUCACAACAGCCCACCAAGCUCACCUCCUCUAAGAGAAGCCCUUCCUCUCCUCAGCUUAAGUCCAACAAGGCAUGAUCAUGGAGCAAUUUCAGAAGAGCCCUGUUGCCAGGAAAUGGAUAUGGAAAGAAGUAGCAGCAGUAAAUCCAAAGAGGACAGCCAAAAAACCCUCUUUCCCGGAGCUGUUCAUGAGGUUCAUGAAGAAGCUGAAGCUGAAGAUGAUGAUGAAGAUGUUACUGUAGCACUACAUAUAGGACUACCAAACCCUAGUGCAGCUGAUCUGGCUUCCGUACUUUCUUCUUCAGCUGAAACCACUGAUAAAGAUCAUGAUCAAGAUGGAGAUGUCUCAGCUGCUGGAUACCACCCCAUCAUGAACAGACUCAACAAGGGCCAGUAUUGGAUCCCUACUCCUUCCCAGAUUCUUAUUGGUCCUACUCAGUUUUCCUGUCCAGUUUGCUGCAAAACUUUCAACAGAUACAACAACAUGCAAAUGCAUAUGUGGGGGCAUGGAUCUCAGUACAGAAAAGGGCCUGAAUCUCUAAGGGGGACUCAACCUACUGGAAUGCUAAGGCUCCCUUGCUAUUGUUGUGCACCGGGUUGCAGAAACAAUAUUGAUCAUCCAAGAGCAAAGCCACUAAAAGAUUUCAGAACCCUCCAAACACACUACAAAAGGAAGCAUGGGAUCAAGCCCUUCAUGUGCAGAAAAUGUGGCAAAGCUUUUGCAGUAAGAGGAGAUUGGAGGACUCAUGAGAAGAAUUGUGGGAAGCUCUGGUAUUGCAUUUGUGGGUCGGAUUUUAAGCACAAGAGAUCCCUCAAGGAUCACAUUAAAGCUUUUGGAAAUGGACAUGGAGCUUAUGGUGUCAAUAGCUUUGAAGAAGAUGACGAACCUGCUUCUGAGAUCGAACAAGAUGAUGACCAGUCCAUGCACUCAUGACCACAAAUCCAGAAAUAUAAUGGUGGUCUAGGGUACUCAACUAGCAACUAGCAAGUAGUCGAACUCAAGUAGGAUUUACAUAUCAAUGGUUUCUCAAGUUUGAAAAUCCCUCAAAGCUUUUGAUUUAGUUAGACUUGCAACUAGUUACCUCUCUGAGUAUUACUCAGCCAUUAAGGUAGUAAUGAUUCAAGAGUUCAACUUUCUAGCAUCUCCCCUUCCCCGAGGAUCAAGAAAAAAGAUAAAAAGAAAAU